CGGGGCGGGUACGCAGGCGCGGCGCGAGCAGCCAGCUGUUGGCGAAGAGGUUAUCCGGGGGGCGGGGCCGGGCUGUUCGCUAAAGGCUGGCGGCGUGAGCGGUUGCGGUCCGAGCCGGAGGAAAGAUGGACGAGUUCCAGUCAGGGGAGGAGACUUCUUUUGUUGUUGAUGAAGUGAGUAACAUCAUUAAAGAGGCUAUAGAAAGUGCAAUAGGUGGCAAUGCCUAUCAACACAGCAAAGUGAACCAGUGGACUACAAGUGUGGUAGAACAAACUUUAAGUCAACUAACAAAGCUGGGGAAACCUUUCAAGUAUAUUGUGACCUGUGUGAUUAUGCAGAAAAACGGUGCUGGCCUUCACACAGCAAGCUCGUGUUUCUGGGACAACACCAGUGAUGGAAACUGCACUGUGAGAUGGGAGAAUAAGACUAUGUACUGUAUUGUCAGUGCCUUUGGACUUGCAAUAUAAUUGCCUUGGAACUGCUCAGCCUUCUACUGAUUUUCUUCUUCAGCACUUCCAUUUCAUAAUCUGUUCAAAUUGAAUACACUUACUUUUGUUUUUAAUGUACUUUUUUAUGUAGUUCUUUCAAAUGGAGAAAUGUGAAAACACUAGUCAUAUGCUGUUACAAGGACUAUACAUUUGAUCUUUAUUGCACCAGUGUUGCCAGACUGUCUUAAAAUUUCAAGGACUUCUCAAGGUGCUAAUAAAAAAAAAACACACCCUGAAACCUGCUGCAAUGUAAAGGUUUCUUUAGCUUUACUCUCUGAAACUAAUUUAAAUAAGAAUUUUCACACUUUGUACUUUUGGUUAGCAUUAAAUUAUUGAAGUUCA